ACUGGUUAGUUUCAUCUGGUUUGAUCGAUAGAUAUAAUUGGGUAUCAUCCGCAUAACAAUGAAAGUUUAUGGAGUGUUUCCAAAUAAUAUUGCCUAGAGGUGAAUAAAAUCAACAUUACAACAUCAUUUGUUUGGGUUCAACUCUCUUAGAAACAGAAAUCCAGAAACAUGAGUGACUUUGGAGGAGUGGGAGUGACCACGUCCUUCAACCAGUCUUCAGUGGUCAACCAGAUGAACGUCAGUAAUUCAACUCAUUGCGAUCAGGUUGACACCUUGGCCCACCUUUUCUUUAUGCUGGUUUACAGUCUGGUGUUUCUGGUGGGUUUGCUCCUCAACGGCUUCACCCUGAAGGUUUACUUCUGCCGAGUUCAGCAGGCAUCCAGCAGUAUGACCAUCUACUUGAAGAACCUGGCGGCCGCCGACUUCCUGAUGAGCCUCUGUCUCCCCAUCAGAAUCACCAACUACGCCAGCAGCUCUGUCCCCGUCCUCCAGGUCUACUGCAACUUUGGUGCCUCCGCCUUCUAUCUGAACAUGUACGCCAGCAUCCUGUUCAUGGGUUACAUCGCAGCUAACCGGUAUCUGAAGAUCAUCCAUCCUUUAGGAACUCACAUCCUGCAGACGGUGCGAGCUGCUCACAUUAUCUCCACCGUAACCUGGGUUUUCCUCUUGGCCACGACGAGCGCCUAUGUCAUCCUGUCGCUCGUCACCCAGAAACCAUUAGACUGUGUCCCCAAAACAGUGAGCUGUGACGUCCUGCACAGUAAACAGCUCAGCCUGUUCUACAAACUCAUCCACACCUGCUCUGCUGCCAUUUUCCUGCUCGUCCUUGUCUCCCUGGUCUUCUUCUACUACAGAGUUUCCCGCAGGCUGUCGCUAGUACAGCAGAGGCAGCCGGUAUCCUCUAGCUGCAAGAAGCUUGCCAAGUCUCGCAGGAACAUGUUGGUGCUGGUCAGCGUCUUCUGUGUUUGCUUUGUCCCUUACCACCUGAUUCGCUUACCCUACGCUUUCCUGAAGGGACAUUGCUUACGGAACCAGGCGUUCUUCUACCUGAAGGAGCUGACUGUCAUGGCGUCAGUUCUCAACGUCUGCCUGGACCCGCUCAUCUAUUUCAUCUUCUGCAAGGCUUUCCGCUCCCAGCUGAGUCUGAGAAGGGUGUUCAGCACCACCCAGGACGCAACGCAUAGAGCUAAUCCUGAAAGGAGGCGCAACAGCGGGCAGAUGAGCGGCAUCAAAAUCAACAGGAAGACGUCACUCAGCACGUCGACAAAGCAGACCACUGUGCUGUAGCUUAAAACUCACAGACAUCAACACCUAUGACUGUUGCUAAAACAUGACAAUUACAACACAACUGCAAAUAUGUUCCAAAACUGACAUCUGCCGGUAAAAAGACCAGCCAAUAGGAGAUGGCCAUUUCAGCACCCUGCUUUUUUAACAGAAGAUGUCAGGCUUCAGGCUUGACCACAACAGACUUGUGGUUGGAUUUGUUUUACUCGUGCACUUUCGCGGACCCAUGUGGCAGCAGGUGAUUCUGUUUAAGUGACUGAAAGUUUGAAGGACCUCAUUACACAGAAAUAAUGUAAAGUGAUAUCAGUAAUCUAAAGCUGUGUUUCAAGCCAGUGAUGUGAGUACCAUCCAAUGAUUGUACUUCAAGAUGAGAAAUAGAGAACUCGGCCUUCGUAAACAAGAUUUGUUUUAUCAGAUAUGUAAAGUUACCUAAAAUUGAGUGAAAGGUUGAAUGUUCACUCUUGACCUUGGAAAGUUUGAUUUUGUCUUGACAAUUUUUUUGUCAAUCUAAAAAUUCAGUAGUUGCAUUUGAAGGGUAUUAAAUGAGUGCUGCAGAUUUAAAUGGCUGACUGUACUGAGCAUGCAGUGCAUUACAAAAUUGUACAAAUGUACAGUCACAAACAUCAGACUGAAAAGAAGUGUUUCUCUGCUCUCUCUGGUUGAACGUUGAAAAGUCUGUUUCAGUCUGACAGUCAGACGUGUGCUCUGUUGCACUUGUAACCACACCCAACAGUGAUGUCACAAGGUCCUGGAGUACAUCUGCACAUCACUGCAACAAGGUUAAACCAAUGGAGUUCAGCAAAAACAAGAUUUUCAGGGGGCAUCCCAACCUGAACUUUUAUGAACCUCUGAGGCACUGGUGCGAAGGUCUGCUUCGCGUUUUCAGUGCAAACCAGGACAUUUUGGAUGUACGUCAUUAAAAAGGCAACAGACUACGGCAACGCUGUUACGUGCUGUUUGGUAGGCGAGUGCUGUCUUGAGACACACUGGCAGUGGAUGAAUAUUGAUAAUGAUUCAUAUGUAAUGACUUUUAAACAUCAGUACCAUUAAAUUAGAGUGUAUGUGCACGAUGUGAUGUUGAUCUUUCAGCAUAUGAGGAACUAGUCCCCAAAGCGAAGAACAGGGUAAAAAAGGCAGAACCUGUGACAAUCUAAACAUGUUAUGUUAUGGGUAGUUGAUAUGUUGUUUUAGUGAAAUAGUGUAGUUUGAUCAUCAGCUGUUCGUGUACAUUGCAUUAUUCACUCUGACAUGGUGUUUGUGUUAGUCAAUUUCUGCUUGGAAGGUUGUUAUUUCCAUAACUUUACUUACAACAACCUGUACAGCUGCAUCUAUCGCAUCCAAGCUUGCCACCAUUUUUAUCGCAGUUUUUCUGUUACUGUUUUUCUUAAGAUGAUGUCCCAUUCUUAAUUCUGACAAUAAAGCCCUGAUUGGGUUGUUUGUGUCUUCAACCAGGGAAACUAUGGCAUUACUUUUGUGCCUUUAUUAUGCAAUCAAAAAAUAGGUUCCAAAAGUUUUGCGAAUGCAAAAUGUUGACAAAGAAAGAUUUAUAGUUCACCAAUCAUUUCUCACAUUUUACACAAAGAUGCGUCUUUUGUAGUUCCCACCCAUGAGAUUUCAGCUCAACGUUUUGGAUUUAAACAAAACUUUUGGAUGAAUUUUUUAAUUACAAAAUAGUGAGUGUGGAUGGUUUUCUCAAACCUAUUUUUUUGCAUAAUAAAGACACAAAAGUCUUUAUUAUGAGAGUUUGGUGACUUUUCUCACUGAUGGGAAGUGACUUAACAUCAAUUCAUCUUGUAUACACUUCCAUCAGUCAGUUUUCUCACAGAGUCACAUCAGGCUGAAUGUUGCCGCAGCUGAAAACAUUAAUAAUGGGGAAGUUUGGUUUAGUUGUGCCACUUAACUGACAAUAACAGCGACUGUUGUCCAAACUCAUUCACUUCAUUCAUUAACUCCUAAGGCUGCCAGCAGAAAUAAAUGUGUCGUAACAGAUACAAAUGUACAGUUUAA